UUCUUGGAUCAUCCAAACACAAAAAAGGUUCUUUCCUCUUCUGGAAAAAAUGAAAAGUUAUCCUCUUGUACUUCAGGAGAAAAUGGAAGUCAUACUCAAAAAGUAUUAAACACAUUGAUACAAAAUAAACCAAAAUCUAAAGCUGCUAAUGAAAAGAAAAAUAAAACUAGACUUCCACCUCAAUCAAAUCAGAUGCCAUGGAAAAAUAUUGGUGAAACUUCAAAAUCAAAGUGGAAAAAAUCAAAUGAUGCCAUUGAUAAUGAUCCAUGUGUAAUAUGUCAUGAAGAGCUAAAUUCAAAUCUGUUGCAUGUUCUGGAUUGUGGACAUAGAUUUCACAAACUGUGUAUUGGGCCAUGGAUUAAGGAGCACAGUACAUGUCCAACAUGUCGGCGUCACAUACUUUUGCGAGAAGAUUAUCCUGAGCUUCCUGGACGAAACCAAAAAAACUUAAAAUAAUGCAAUAUACAGAUUAGCAAGAAUGAUAUUUAGAUUAUUUAAAAUCAUGAUAAUAAAAUUAUAUAUUAAUUCUGUUCCAGUUAUUUCCAGUAUAUUGUAUUUUAAAUUACCUCUCUGUAGCUUGAGGAAAAUAUAUACAUUUAGCUAGUUCCGCCAUUUCCAAUGAGUCAAGAUACAUGGUGCAACAUUAUAUAUAUCCUGUUGUUAAUCUGUGUCUGUACUUUUGGCAGAAAUAUGUAAUUUAUAUAUCUGUAUUAGCUAUUUUUACUAUAUUACAGUAGAGCAGUUCAAAAAGUUAACAAAAUAUAUCUAAUAGAUAUUGUCUCUUUAAUAAAGAACAUAAUAAAAUUGUCAAGUACAGAUUUGUUUAGUUUUACUUGUUAGUUUAUAAGACUUUAGUCUUUAUACCUUCAAUUAGUUAUUAGUGAGCAAUGCUAUUCAGUACAUUUGGAGCCCGAUUCUUUUAGAUUUUCACAGAUAACCUCCUCUUUAGAAAGUAAUCUUAAUUCACAAAUUGUUUAGGAUGUAAUCAAUACACCAUGAUUUAAAGUCAUUAUUUAAUGCGAUGUGUGAGUGUGCAAGAGAGGUAACACGACUCCAAAAUUUCUUUUGGUAAGCAACAUGCUUGUUAAAUUUAUUUUCCCAUUUUAUGACCUUUCUUGUCACUUCAGUGUAAAAUUGUGUAAAACAGUGAAGUGAACCUGACUUCCCAUUAACUUUGCUUGUCAGAAGGUCACAAAAAGUGAUCACAUGACUCCAAGACACAAACUCAUAGAUACUGAAAAGUAUCUGGAUUUUGCUCAUGGGAUGCUGCAAAAGUUGUGUGAAAAAUGGCCACGUCACUUUUUUCAGUUGUGUUGUAACUUCAAAUAUUCACUAAAGGAAAUAAGUCGAGGAUUACCUGUAGUUCCUUCUUUUCUCAUUUUUAAAUAAACUAAUAAUGUUUUUUUAGUCUGUUUUUGCUUGUUCAUAUGAUCAGCUUCACUGAUGAUAAUUUGGUUACACAUGCUUUCAAUGCCUGAAACCAUAAGGCUUAUUUUAUAUUAUAGAUCACAUUAGCUGGAUUCACAAAAUCAAAUAGCAAAGCACAACCACACAUACCAAGCCUGGGCACCAGCAAGCAUAGCAAAACGGGCUCACUUAAAUUAAGACAUCCUAGUGGGUAUUUAUGAAGAACAAAAUACACUCUAAGGUAUUUUAUGCAAAUCAAUGAAUCACAGUUAAUUGUACUCAUUGGAUGGACAUAUGAAUGAUUUAUUGACAUCAACAAUCAGAUAUAUCAGGUGUUAGAUAAAGUUUACUUUCUAUCAGUAUUGCCAAGCUGAUGCUACAUCAAAGUGAAAUGUAUUCAAUAUAUAGUUCAACAUCUUCCAAUGGUAGGAAAAGUGCAAUAAUUUUACCUUCUCAUUUACCUCUACCGCCUUUACCAUGCUCUUUCCUCUAUGUUGCCUCAAAUUAUUUUUGCCUUGUAACAUCAAUCU